AUGAAGAUGUGGUCGGGGAUACUCUGUUUGGUCGUGGUGCCGUUAGUUGCUGGGUUUGACAAGUUCUUUAUCAAUUUUGGUGGCUUCGUGUGUCCUAGAGAAGAGAAAGCGUUGGGCAAGUGUCUGCGAGAUGCCUUGAACGCCUACAUACCACAGUUAGCAACAGGCGUGCCCGAAUACGGCGUGCCACCAUGCGAGCCUAUGGUGGUGCCUGCUCUAUCUAUCCAGCAGUCUACAGGACCCAUCUCCGUCAAGUCCAGUUAUUCUGACGUCUCCGUCAGGGGCCCGUCUUCUAUGCGAGUUAAGGAUGUAGAAUCACUAAAGCUGUUGAGAACCCUACACAUCCUGGGGACUGGGGAGUUUGAUCCAAGCACGGACCUUCGAAAUGGUGGACAGAGUGGCGUUAUGACAUUCCUAGGCGUGGAUUCCCAUCAGCACCGAGUGGUAGCGAGGCUGUACAUUCCUGAAUUGAGGAUGAAGGGGCACUACAGGCUCGAGGGUAACCUGCUCAUGCUGCCCAUUGACGGAGAGGGCCAGUUCUCUGCUAAAUAUGGCGAAAUAGACGCAACAGUGACCAUAGUGCUGGGUCGUCAGCCGCGUCAUAAUGACGUGGACUCCCUCAAGUGCAAGGAGUUGGAUGUUUCCUUCCACGUCGGGUACGCCUCCAUGAAGCUAGAGAACCUGUUCGGUGAUGAUGGCGAUUUGAGUAACACAAUGAACCAGUUCCUGAAUGACAACUGGCAGAAGUUGCUGGAAGAGCUACAGACGCCUAUGGAAGACGCUCUCAGAGACUUCUUGAAGCCGCUUGCUGACCACGCAUUCUCUACACUCAACGCUGACGAUAUUCUUUCUCAAUAG